UCUUUUGACCGUGUCUCAACCAGAAUUUGACGAUCUUCAAGCUUGCCGUUGUAGCUCAGAUGUCAAGAGCUCCGGAGGAAUGUUGAGACAUGACAGUCCGACGUCUAUCUCGACUUAUUUAUGCAUACAAAUAUGAAGCUCCCAUAGCCCCGAAUCAUGACUGAAGUCAUGCAGAUAACGUUUUCAAGUCUCACCAUAGGGAAGCACAGGCUGUACACGACCUGAAGUUGCAUUGCGAUCCUGUUGACCUGUCACCAGCGCUCUCGCCUACCAACAAUGUCUGUUGCUACGAAGAUGGCAUCCUCGUACGCAAACAUCGUCUCCCAUCUGGGAAGCAGAUCAGAUUACAAGUCCAAGCCUUCCAUCUGGGGCCGAGCGACCGACAUAAUUUUCGCUGGGGUCAUCGUUUUGCUGGUCCUCUUCUUUGCUCCGAUGGCAUGGUGGUACUUCCCCGCCGAACCGGACACCCCAAACUAUGGCGACAAAGUGCUCGCGGCUCUCGUCUCUCCCGAGUUUGCCUAUGGGGAGGGCUCAGGCGCGAUCGACGGGCCUCCCAUGUUGGCCCUCAUACGCAAUAUGGCAACCAUGAAACCCCAUAUGCAAGCCGGGACGAUAGCCACCAUUGUCGGUUUCGUGCAAUUCAGCCCGACUUUGCAAUUCAAGUAUCCUGUGGUACACCGCAGCCUGGGCCGGGUCUAUGGUCUGUGCGUGGCAAUCAUCAUGGGAUCAUCCGCCUCAUUCCUAUUUGAUGCCGUGCCAAGGAAGGAGGUGUUUUCAGGCGAAUUCUUUGGUCAGAUCCUGGCUGUGCUGACAUUGGCCGUCCCAGCCACCAUGCUGUUUGCGCUGCAGGCCAUCUGGAGCGGUGAUGUCAGCUCGCACCGGGAGUUCAUGACCCUCAACUACUCAUUAAUGCUCUCGGCGCCGUUGCUUCGCACGAGCUGGAUCCUCCUGGCACAGGUGUGGGAUCAGCCGAAAGACGUCGUUAAUCUAUUCAGCACUGUCAUCGUGGCUCCGAUAUUGGUCGUAGCGCCUAUUCUCUACCUUCGACGGCAUCAUGCGCGCCCUGGAAAUGCGAGGCUUCUGGACCUUCGUGUCCGUCUGGCAUCGGCCGCUGCGGGCCUGAUGGGCCUCGUCUUCUGCGCUUAUAAGUUGCCCAGCCUUGACAAAUGGCCGUUUCCCGUGGCAACUUUCGUCACCCUCGUGCUACCGUUGCUAGCCUAUGCUGUCGUCUUUGCAGUCCUUGCCGAACAGGCGAGGCGGCGACAGGAUCAAGCAGCGUGCGCCGCGUGGGAAACAUACCUGAACGGGCUGAUCAGCAGUCCCGCUUGGGCGCCCGCCCUGUUCUAUCUUGGCCGCGACGUCUUCGCGGUUCCCGAACAGCACCUUGGAAUUACCACCAUGAAUAAUGCGAUUUCUACAGGCUUGACCGCUGGGUUCACCGCCUAUGUGUUUGCUACAGCAAAGGGACGAAGUAUCCCCCUAAGCGCGAAGAACAUUUAAUGGGUCUGACUCGGAAGAUUGGCUUGCGGCCGCUGUAAUGUGGUGAUCUCACAGCGUCCGAUGUCGUUCUGAAUUGACGUUGAUCGAGGCGCUUUCGCGGCGCCGGCAGCGAGUAUGUAGUUACUCCCAUGAUCUCGCUGCACUCAGCCGAGGCAAUACAAUUGAAAAACUGUCCUGGGAAAUUUGUAAAGUCGUUUUCAAGUAAGAGAG